AUGAUACUGCGUCAGUCAUUCCAGAAUCAGUUCAGGACUCUCUACAUCUGUGUGCACCCUUUUUAUAACCUCGAACCCAACCCUCUCACCAACCCUCUUCCUCUUCUCUCUCUCUCUCUACCUCCCACUACCUCUUUCUCUCUUUCUCUCUCUCUCUCUCGUUUCUCUGAUUCACUGACGCUUUCUCGCUCUCGAUUUCUACUCUUUUCUAACCAUCCUUCUCUUUCUCAUUGUCCCUCUCUUACUCUCCCGUUCUUUCUCUCUCUCUCUCUCUCUCUCGUUGUCACUCUCACUUCUUUCUUUCUCUCUCGCUUACUCCUUCUCAUUCUAUCUAUCUCAUCUUCUCUCUCGCUUUCAUUCUCGCUUACCUCUUUCUUUCUUUCUUUCUUUCUUUCUUUCUUUCUUUCUUUCAGUUUCCCUCUCUCUCAUUUGCUCUUUCUCAUUCUAUUUAUGUUCUUCGUUCUCUCUCUUUUUUCUCUCUCUCUCUUUUUAUCUAUCUAUCUAUCUAUCUAUCUAUCUAUCUAUCUAUCUAUCUAUCUAUCUAUCUAUCUAUCUAUCUAUCUAUCUCAGUCUGUUCAUAUCUAUGUAUCUAUUUUUCCGCCCUCUCUCUGUCUAAACAUUUGGUUCCCUCCGUCUCUCUCUCUCUCUCUCUCUCUUUCUCUCUUUCCUCUGUUCCUAUCUACUUUGUUACUUCCCCUUCGUCUCUUUUCUCUGAUUCUAUUUUUGAUCCGACGGAGGGGGUGA